AUGAUCCUGCUGCUUGGUCUGCUCUGGUCCUUCAGGACAGAACCAGUCCUGUGUCUGGAGGAAGACGGAGAUUUGAGCCUGGAUAGAGACAUCCGUCACUUCACAGUGACCACCGACUCUCUCUACAUCUCCACAGAGGAGAAGCUGUACCAGCUGAGCCUCAACCUGGCUCCAGUCUGGACUUUGACCCAGAGAGGGGUUCUGAUGGGUGGUGACCAGAUGGACCAGCAGGACUUUCAGUGGGUCUCUGAGGGGAAGUCAACUUUCAUCGUCAACAUGUUGCUUCCAUUUGUCAGGGACAAAUCAGUGAUCAGCUGCGGAGUGAUUGAUGAUGAUUGUGGUUUCUGUGAGCUGCUGGACCUGAAGAACAUCUCUAAGGUUCUGCAUAUAGAACCCAUCCUGGUGGGACCCCUGAGGCGCAGCAGCGCGUCUGUUGGCUUCCUGGUGGACGUGGAGAAACCUCCAAAGACAGAGACUUUUAUCCUGACUGCGAUCCAACAAGACAGCGAGGACACCAAGAAGUCUGGUUCUGAUAAUGAGAUGAUAAACCUCCAUAAUGCAGAUAAAGCAGCGUUCAGAGGAAUAUUUUCUAGAUCUGAUCCAUCAGGAACCACACCUGGGAUCAAGAGUGAUUUUAAUGUGACAUUUGUGGAUGGAUUCCAGAUCAGUUCAACAGUUUAUCUGUUCUCCAACUCGAACCCAAAGGUGCUGAAAGCGAAGGCGCUGCUCCUCAAGAAGAACUACAUGAGCUCUGUGCUGGUGGUGAGGAAGAGGAGCUGGCUGGUUUUCUUCAUCGGAACCACAGACGGGCAGUUCAUCAAGGUUUGGAGAAAAUUCAAACCUAACUGUCCAAAGGUGCUCUACAGGGCCAGUGGAGACCAGGACCUGUUUCCUAAAACCCAUCUGGACCCAGUGGAUCAGAAACACGUUUAUGUGCCGUUUCAAAACCAGAUUUGGCGUGUUCCAGUGUCCGAGUGCAGCAGGAGCAGGAACCUGAGAGAGUGCUGGUCUGCUCAGGACCCGUUCUGUGUGUGGUGCGUCUAUCAGAACAGUUGCACGUUUGAAGACGACUGCAAAGCUUCAGAGUGGCUGUCUGUCCCUGAGGAGUCCCACAACAAAAUGGUUUCUCACAGAGUGGUGAAGGAUCCGAGUGGAGAGAUGAAACUCAUCAUCCGGACCCACCUGAGCGUGGAGCCGAGUGUUCAGUCCAACUUCGCCUGUCACUUCCCCUUAACUCCUGCUCAGCUUUGUAGAACAACUGGACCUCCACCACAUUACCCACAAUGCACCUGCAUCCUGUCUGACAUGCUGACGGUCAGCAGCUUAAAAUUAAUGAUGGACGUGUUCUCUGCAGCAAAAUCCUUUACUUCCUACCUUGACGUCACCGUGAAGAUCAAACUCAGGAGAACGUUUCUAACAGAGCAGCUGAAGCUGCUCAACUGUUCAGAGAUCCACAGACAGCCAAGUUGACUCCUGUGUCAGCAGUGCAUCAGGGCUGGGUGUGGAUGGAGAGACAACAGCUGCUCCUGGGCCUCCGAACAAGAGCAGGAAGUAAAACUGAACCUUUUCUACCCUUCAUCUUUUCAAACUGAGCCACUCAGACCUGACAGAAACACCUGCUUCACUCAGAAACACCAACAGCUGCUCCACGAAGAUGCAGUCGACUCAUUUUAG